AUGGAGGACUACAAGUUCUUCCAGCACUGCGAGGCAAUCAACUCUGAGCUGCAGGAUGACGACUUCAUCAACACCAACCCAACAACACAUGAGCUCCACGUGUCUGCCGCCGCCGCCGCCGGAGAAUCCCUUUCCAGCCUCCUCCAGCCAUCCUUCUCCUCCGAGAGCUACUCCUCUGCCACCUUCCACCACCAUCACACAGCCACCCUUCCAAACGUCGCCGUUUCCACCGUGGUCCCCGCAACCGGAAGCGGCUCUUCCAUGAACGAAACCUACGAUCACCACCACAGCUGCCGGCCGACAAAGCAGCAGAAGAAGACCAACAGCUGGAGCUCCAGCGUGACCACCGACAACCUCCACCACCACCACAUCGAUUUCUCUUCAUCCCACUCCUCUCAAAUGCUGUCCUUCGACAACUCCAACACCAACUCCAACUCCACCUCUUCUUCUUCCCUCCAGCUGCCUUUCUCCAGAAACUUGAACAACACGGCGACGAAGCCCAAAGACGAGGAGGCGGCUGACUUGCUUUUCCACCCUCCGAUCAGCAACAGCUACAACCACCACCACCUUGCCGACCCUUUCGAGAACACCGUCUACGCUCCAAAGUAUAUGAUCAAGACUCGCCCCGUUUCGUCCAUGGCCACCACCACCAGAAGCCCUUCCCACGCUCAGGACCACAUCUUGGCCGAGAGGAAGCGCAGGGAGAAGCUCAGCCAGAGGUUCAUUGCUCUCUCUUCCAUUGUUCCUGGCCUCAAGAAGAUGGACAAAGCUUCGGUGCUGGGAGACGCGAUAAAGUACGUGAAGCAUCUCCAGGAGAAGAUCAAACAGCUGGAGGAGCAGACCAAGAAGAGAACCGUGGAGUCGGUGGUUCUCGUCAAGAGAUACCAGCUUCCUGCCGACGACGACUCGAAUUCCUCUUCCAACGACGACGACGACGACAGCAAAAGCAAAGUUGAGAAGGCCGGAUGUUGCUCGGACUCGACGCUGCCGGAGAUCGAAGCGAGGGCGUCGGAGAGGGACGUCAUGAUCCGCAUCCACUGCGAGAAGCAGCCUGGCGUGCUCGCCAAGGUCCUGACCGAGGUCGAGUCUCUGCAUCUGUCCAUCGUCAAUAGCAGCGUGCUGCCGUUCGGCAACUCCACCCUCGACAUCACCAUCGUGGCUCAGAUGGAUGGUGAGUUCUCCGUGACAGUGAUAGAGCUGGUGAAAAAUCUGAGGCUGGCGUUUCUCAAGUUCAUCUGA